UGUGAUCGGCUAAAAAGGUGUCGGGUCCUCGCGAAAUAUCAUAUCGUUGGAUAAUCUUAGCGUAAGUUAAGCAUACACCAUAGAGUAUUUUGGUCGAUAUAAGCGAUUCUUGCGCCUGCGAUGACAUCGCCGGCGAAAGGAAAGCAUGGCCCGUUGGUGGGGGCUCUCGAUCAAGGUACCAGCAGUACGAGAUUUCUGGUCUUCACGGCCAACUCUGCCCAGCUGCUGACAUACCAUCAAGUGGAAGUGAAGCUGAGCUUUCCCCGCGAGGGCUGGGUGGAGGCCGACCCAAGCGAGCUGCUGCAGACGUCAUUGGUCUGCAUCGAGAAGACAGUGGAGAACCUGCGUGCCCUGGAGGUGGAUGAGGCAGACAUCGCCACCAUCGGUAUCACGAACCAGCGAGAGACGACAGUGGUAUGGGACCGCACCACCGGCCGGCCGCUCCACAACGCCAUCGUCUGGCUCGACGCGCGCACCACCCAUACGGUCCAAAAGCUGUUGCAGAAAUGCCCUGAGAAGGACAAGGACUACCUGAAAGAGCUCUGCGGUCUGCCCAUCAGCACCUACUUCAGCGCGGUGAAGCUGCGCUGGCUGCUGGACUCGGUGCCCGAGGUCGCCGCUGCCCUCCGCGAUGGAACCCUCAUGUUCGGCACCGUGGAUACCUGGCUAGUCUGGAACCUGACUGGUGGCGUCAACGGUGGACUGUACAUCACCGACGUCACCAACGCCUCCCGCACCAUGCUGAUGAAUAUCGCCACGCUACAGUGGGAUGACUACCUGUGCGGGUUUUUUGACAUCCCGAAGUCGAUUCUGCCGGAGAUCCGCAGCUGCUCGGAGAUAUACGGCCAUCUGACGUCGGGUGCGCUGAGUGGCGUUCCCGUCUCUGGCAUUCUGGGUGACCAGCAGGCGGCGCUAGUGGGUCAGAUGUGUCUUAAGCAGGGCCAGGCCAAGAACACGUACGGCACCGGCUGCUUCCUGCUCUACAACACCGGCUGCAAGAUCGUGCAGUCCACCCGCGGCCUGCUCACCACCGUCGGCUACCAGAUGGGCAAGGAGGCGCCCGUCAUGUACGCCCUGGAGGGCUCGGUGGCCAUCACCGGCGCGGCCGUACGGUGGCUGCGGGACAACCUGGGCCUGAUCUCGGAGAACGCCGAGGUGGAGGUGCUCGCGCGUCAGGUGAAGGACACGGGCGGCGUGUACUUCGUGCCGGCGUUCACCGGCCUGUACGCGCCGUACUGGGACGACACGGCGCGCGGCACGAUAUGCGGCCUGACCCAGUACACCACAAAACAGCAUAUCUGCCGAGCCACGCUGGAGGCCAUCUGCUUUCAGACGCGGGAGAUCCUGGACGCGAUGAACCAGGACUCUGGGAUCCCGCUGACGGCGCUGCAGGUGGACGGCGGUGGCACCGUCAACACGCUGCUGGUGCAGCUGCAGGCCGACCUGCUCGGCAUCCCCGUCGUGCGGCCGACCAUGCCCGAGACGACGGCGCUGGGGGCGGCGAUGGCGGCGGGCGCGGCGAGCGGCGUCGGCGUCUGGAGCCUCUCGCCGGAGGACCUCAGCCACGGCACCACCGACCAGUUCAGCCCGCAGAUCGGAGAUGACGAGCGGGACGUGCGCUUCGACCGCUGGAAGCAGGCGGUGUCCCGCUCUCGGGACUGGGAGCCCGUCACGGAGCGCUCACCGCUGCCAGAUCGGCGCCACCGCCUGCUGACGUCCCUGCCGCCCGUCUGGUUCGUCUUCUGCUCGGUGCUGCUGCUCGUGCUGGCCAGAGAGCGGGGCUCGAUGACGGCGAGAUGACGUCACCACCGGGCUGGUGUGACGUCACCCGGCAGUUGACCAGUAUUAAGCGUUAGGGAACGGUGAUGCUCAUUUUCCAGGAGAAGUAGACACGUGUCACUCGCCGCCGGCAGCCGUCGCCGGUCUGGUUGUGAGGCUGGAGCUGUGUACCGCGGUGUUGGUGUGCGGAUGUGGACCAGCGUAGGCGAGCGUCAGGACCUCCUUUUCGUCUCAGGUGGCCGGAUCCCCGGUCACGUGAGGCCCACCCCACGGUCCCGCCACGGCGCAGCUGAUGUUGCCUCUCUGGCGGACAGACCAUGCCAAUCGUGAUCACCCUGGGGCAACCAUGCUUCAGGGCAUGCUCAAUGCCCUGAAGAGCGCUUUCGACGCCAAGGGUUGAACUUCAGAUGCCCGCGUUUGUUUAUAAGCUUUCGAUCCUCAUUUGCUUGUGCUACUGUCAAAUAUUUAUUUCGAUCUCACGAGUUUUGUCGGGACAGGAUACUCUACAAUAAUGUACCUGGGCCACGCAUUUGUUUCCUUUCUGUCGACUUCGCGGGCAUUUGCGGGCUGCCUUAGUGCCGCGCACUUGAUGUCCGCGGCUCUCCCAUGCUUCCAGUUUGCGGUAUCUCUUCGGUUACUGACGUUUCCGUACCCUGAAUAUUUUCGCGGUGAUCGUAUCCAGUCAGAUUCAGAUCGUGGGGUGUUUUGACAUCUACAAGUCGUUUUGGAACCGUGAAGUGAUCGUCCAUUGAUAAGUGGUCUUUUUUGGAGUUCAAUGUGCAAUAACUAGGCUCAGGUUCUAUAGAAGCAGGCCCAGAUUGCGUGGAUGGCACGAUUGGGUAGGAUCAGGCUAACAGUGCAUGGCUCGUGCCCUGCAGAAACAAAUUAGCUCUGGUGGCGUGCAAUGAACCGCCAUGUAGUCGUAAACCUGUGUGCAAUAAAUGUAAUU